AUGGCGGGUACAACUGAACGCCAAACAUUACCUACUAAUGUGAAGCCGAUUCACUAUGACUUAACCUUGACACCUAAUUUGGAAGACUUUACUUUUAAAGGAAGCGAAACUAUAAACCUAAAUAUCAACGAAAAUACGAGGCAAAUCACGUUAAAUGUUCUCGAAAUUGAAAUUCAAGCUGCUGAUCUUAAUAGUAUCAAUGCAUUACAUAUAUCUUAUAAUAAAGAAAAGCAGACUGUGACUUUUACUUUUCCGAGCGAAGUGCAAGCUGGCACAUCAGCUAUUUUGCAUAUCGACUUUACAGGAACUCUAAAUGAUAGAAUGUGUGGUUUUUAUCGUAGUUCUUACACCGAUGCUACAGGGAAUAAAAAAUAUUUAGCUACCACCCAAUUCGCAGCUACUGAUGCCCGUCGUGCGUUUCCUUGUUGGGAUGAGCCCGCAAUCAAAGCUACUUUUCAUAUUACUUUGAUCGUCUCUUCUGGUCUUGUGGCUUUAAGUAAUAUGGAUGUGGCUUCAGAAAAACCAGUUGAAAAUAACAAAAAAGAAGUGAAAUUUGCCAAGACUCCGAUCAUGAGUACUUAUCUUGUGGCAUUCAUCGCUGGAGAUUUGGCUUAUAUUGAGAAAUAUACAACUGGUGGAUAUACAGAUAAAAAACCGGUUCUUAUCCGAGUUUAUGCAAUCAAAGGGUCGGAACAUCAAGGAGAGUUAGCGUUGAAUGUUGCGACCAAAACACUCGACUAUUUUACUCGAAUCUUUGAAAUUCCAUAUCCCUUGCCGAAAUUAGAUAUGGUAGCAGUUCCCGACUUCACAUUUGGUGCUAUGGAGAAUUGGGGUCUUGUCAUGUAUCGUACAACUACCAUUCUUUUUGAUUCAAAAGCAUCUGACGCGCGAUAUAAGAAACGUGUGUCCUAUACUGUAGCCCACGAAUUAGCUCAUCAAUGGUUUGGAAAUCUCGUCACUAUGGAAUGGUGGGAUCAUCUCUGGCUUAACGAGGGAUUUGCUACUUGGGUUGGUUAUUUGGCAAUUGAUGAAAUUUUCCCAGAUUGGGAUAUUUGGUCACAAUAUGUAGUUGAUGAUUUUCAGCGUGGUCUCAAACUCGAUUCCCUCCGUUCAUCCCAUCCUAUCGAAGUCUCUGUAAAUGAUCCCAGCGAAAUUCAUCAAAUUUUCGAUGCUAUAAGUUAUCAGAAGGGUGCUUCUGUUAUUCGAAUGUUAAGUUCUUAUCUUGGUGUAGAUGUUUUCUUGGCUGGUAUACGAAGAUAUUUGAAUGCUCACUUGUAUGGAAAUGCGAGUACGGAUGAUUUAUGGGCGAAUUUAUCGAAAGAGAGUGGACAUGAUGUUGGUAAAUUUAUGACUGGAUGGACCAGAAAAAUUGGGUAUCCAGUGCUCAAUGUUACUGAACCUCAACCCAAUAUAAUACACAUCAAACAAACUCGAUUUCUUUCUACCGGUGAUGUUACCCCAGAAGAUGAUACUCAUAUUUGGUGGAUACCUCUUAAUAUUAGUACAGGAAAAUCUACGCCUGCCAAUAUCCGAUCCCAAGUACUUACAGUAAAGGAAACGGAUUUUACGCUUCCGCGAGUCGAGAAAGAUUUCUUCAAGUUAAACACACAUGAAGUUGGGGUAUUUCGAGUCAAUUAUAUACCUGAACGGUUAAGAAAAUUAGGAAAAUCAAUCAAGAACGGCGAGUUGACGGAUACAAGUGAUCGCGUGGGUGUGGUUGCCGAUGCAGGCGCAUUAGCAGUGGCUGGAUAUGGAAAGACUAGUGAAUUCUUGAGCUUGUUGAAUGAAUUCGAAGAUGAGGAUAAAUAUAUUGUGUGGUUCGAAAUUAACUCUCAUAUUACGAAUAUUACCUCCGCAUGGUUUGAACAAUCCGAGGCUGUUUACCAGGGACUCUUGUCAUUUCAACGAAAGUUAUGUUCGAAACUGGCAUACAGAUUAGGUUGGGAAUAUCCUGAAAAGGAAGAUUAUCUGACUACGAUGUUAAGGUCUUUGGCUAUUAAAAUUAGCGGCAGGGCUGGAAAUCUAGAAAUUGUCAAGGAAGCUAAGCGCCGCUUUGAACUUUUCACCGAGAAGAAUGAUCACUCGGUUUUACAUCCUAAUAUACGAGGAGCAGUCUAUGAGAUUGUGUUAACACAUGGUGGCGGUGAAAAAGAAUUCGAAGCAAUAUUGAAAAUUUUCAGAAAUAGUCCAACAGCUGAUCAACAACUUAUCGCGUUGACCGCUCUUGGUUAUGCACAACAACCUGAAUUGAUUCAACGUGCAUUGGACUUUUCCAUCUCUCCGGAAGUUCCGAAUUAUUUUCAAAGUUUGCAAUCUAAUCGUAAAUCAAGAAAGCCACUGUGGGAUUUUAUUAAAAAAAAUUGGGAUUUGUUCCAAGAUCAAUAUGCAAAAUCACUUGUUCUGCUCGAAAGCAUUAUUAAGCAUGGCACAGACUCAUUCGCAUCAGAUGAGGCAGCAAUUGACGUAGAGAAUUUCUUUGCUGAUAAAGACAACAAAAAGUUUGCACGAUCGCUGCAACAGAGUUUGGAGAGGAUUCGUACGAAUACCGCAUGGUUGAAGCGUGAUGCUAAAGGUGUUGAGGAAUGGUUGACGAAUAACGGCUAUAUGAAUUGA